GCGCAGGCGCCCUAGCCCAUGUCGGCUUCUCCUGGUUUCAGUGGUUAGACCUGGAUCCGGAGCCGCCUUGAGGCGGGGCUGGGCCUUCCCCGCGGCCAAUGGCGCCCCGGGUGAGGGUUGAGGAGUGGGUGGUGCUGGCUCUCCUGAGGUGUGGAUCUCCUUCAGCGCGUGUGCCGGGCCGCCUGGUCGUCAUGGAGGAGGUCGUGGCUGAAGAGCUCGAUGAUGAGGAGCAGCUGCUGAGAAGGCAUCGGAAGGAGAAGAAGGAGCUGCAAGCCAAAAUUCAGGGAAUGAAGAACGCUGUUCCCAAAAACGACAAAAAGAGGAGGAAGCAGCUCACGGAAGAUGUUGCUAAAUUGGAGAGAGAAAUGGAGCAAAAACACAGGGAAGAACUGGAGCAAUUGAAGCAAUUGACUUUCAAGGACAGUAAGAUAGAUUCUGUUGCUGUUAACAUUUCAAACUUGGUACUUGAGAAUCAACCACCUCGGAUUUCAAAAGCACAAAAGAGACGGGAAAAGAAGGCUGCAUUGGAAAAGGAGCGGGAAGAAAGAAUAGCAGAGGCUGAAAUUGAGAACUUAUCUGGAGCCAGACAUCUUGAGAGUGAAAAACUUGCUCAAAUAUUGGCAGCCAGAGAAUUGGAAAUUAAACAUAUUCCAUCUGAUGGUCAUUGUAUGUAUGGAGCACUUGAGGAUCAGCUGAGAGAACAAGACUGUGCACUGACUGUGGCUACCCUAAGGAAGCAGACUGCUGAGUAUAUGCAAAGCCAUUCAGAUGACUUCCUGCCGUUUCUAACAAACCCCAGCACAGGAGAUAUGUACACGCCAGAAGAGUUUGGGAAGUACUGUGACGAUAUUGUAAACACAGCGGCAUGGGGCGGUCAGCUCGAGCUAAGAGCUCUGUCUCACAUCUUACAAACACCAAUCGAGAUACUACAGGCAGAUGCUCCUCCUAUUAUAGUUGGUGAAGAGUAUCCGAGGAAUCCAUUAGUACUAGUAUACAUGAGGCAUGCCUAUGGCUUAGGAGAACAUUAUAAUUCUGUUACACGGUUGGUGAACUCAGCUACUGAAAAUUGCAGCUAGUUUACAGAAUGUUACAGUUUCAUAGAGUGUGCCAAUCUACCAAGUGCUAGAUUGUUGUAAAUGCUACUGAAGAACACAGCUACCUUACAGGAGUUUUAUGAAUAAGCUUACUAACAGCUUUAAGAAACACGUUGGAUUAACUUUAACCAGUGCUCUCUCAGUGGCAGUUUGUGGAGGACGUCAUCACACACCAAGGUGUUUCUCUUCCCGAUAAUUAUUUUUAGGUGUCCUGCUCAUUCUGGUUUGGAAUAAAUUUUGUUUUAGAUUUUGGCCCCCCCAGCUUUAUGUUGCAAAAAUGAAGAUUUCAAUUUAAUUUUUCUUAAAAGUGUGGAGACUCAGUCUCUGUCAUCAUAGGAACAUUGUCAUGACAGCAGGUUUAUCAGUCUUAUAAAGUGCUCGUGAUCCCAGUGACCUUGGUGUUACUAGGGUCAGGAGUGUGCCGCUUUUUAUGCAGCACAUCUCUGCUGCUAAGAGGAAACUACUACAGUAGUUAAGACAUUUUGAA